CUCCGAGCCGCCGUCCGGCCGCCAUGGCAGAGCUAGGCCUUAAUGAGCACCACCAGAAUGAAGUGAUAAACUACAUGCGCUUCGCUCGUUUCAAGCGUGGCCUGUGUCUCAAAACAGUGGAUUCUUGUUUUCAGGACCUUAAGGACAGCAGACUUGUUGAGGAGACCUUCACAGUUGAUGAGGUGAUAGACAUGCUGGAUGGACUGCGGACUGUUGUACACAGUGAAGUGGAGUCGGAGCUCAUAAAUACAACUUACACCAAUGUUUUACUUCUGCGGCAGCUCUUUUCGCAGGCUGAGAAGUGGUACCUUAAGUUACAGACAGACAUCUCUGAAUUGGAGAAUCGAGAAUUGUUGGAACAGGUUGCUGAGUUUGAAAAGUCAGAAUUUACAUCUUCGAACAAGAAGCCCAGUGCAGAUCCCAUUAAACCCAAACUGGCUCCAUUAAAUGAAGGUGGGUCAGAGCUGCUAAACAAGACAGUUGCUUGUCUCCAAGAAGAAAAUGAAAAAUUGAAGACCAGACUCAAGACCAUAGAAACACAGGCUACAGCUGCACUAGAUGAAAAGUCCAAACUAGAGAAGUCACUGAAGGAUUUACAGAUGAUCCAAGGGGAUCAAAAGACUAAUGCAAACCAGGAUAUCACUGAACUGGAGAAUAAAGUGGCAGCUUUGAAACGCCAGUUUGAGAAGACUUUGAAUGACUCUACAGCAAACCAAAAAUUCUUGGAAGAGAAUUUGGUCACAACAAAACAUGACUUGCUUAAGGUUCAGGAUCAGCUAUCCACAGCUGAAAAGGAAUUAGAGAAGAAAUUUCAGCAAACAGCUGCCUAUCGCAACAUGAAAGAGAUUCUCACUAAGAAGAAUGAACAGAUAAAGGAUCUACGUAAAAAGCUUUCCAAAUACGAGCCAGAGGACUAAAACACCAAGAACAUCUGAUCUAUCAGAAGCUGCUAUAGAAAGAAAAUGUAGACUGGUAUUAUUUUUCAAUAAUUUUUGUUUUGAAUGGUAUAUUUUUUGCUUCUAGUGCUUAAAAUAACUUUUUAUUAAUACUAAUAAGAUGCAGAAACUCCUAUAUUACUUCCUUAUAAGCCUACAAUUUAUAGGUAUUAGUUUCUGUAGUCAUGUUUUUCAUUGUUAACCAUCAACAUUCCUUGAGAAAUAGCAAACAGGAGUUUAUUGAAGAACUGAGACCAUUCUCUACAACGA